GGUUUGUAUUAUUUUAUCUGUUGUCUGAUUUAGUGUUGUUAGUCUGCAUUUUUUAAUGCUGCUGUCUUGGCCAGGUCUCCAUUGCAAAAAAGGUAAGUUGCAACCUCAACUUACCUGGUAAAGGUAAACAAAGGUAAAAUAAUGUAGUUAAUAUGGUUGUGUUUUGUUUUUUUUCUCCUCCACCACAGCCAACCUGCACCUUUCCUCAGCCCCUGCAGCAGUUUUGCACUUCCAGAGAGAUGGCUCAUCCAUCCCGGGGAGCCGGUUCCUCACGGCGUGGUCGAGGCUCCUCAAGUUUGCUAGUCUCAAGGAGCUGUGGCAGUGUUUCUUCUCUGAACCGGGGAGGCGACGCUGAGAUGCUGGAGCGGAUUCUGGAGAAGCCGAAAUUGGUGGUGGUGGAGGAGCCAAAGGAGAGAGGCAUGAGGUUUCGCUACGAGUGUGAGGGACGCUCGGCCGGCAGCAUUCUGGGGGCGUCCAGCACUGAAACCAACAAGACUCAGCCUGCGAUAGAGAUUCAGGGUCCCAUUGACCACUUAAAGAAGGUCACAGUUACUGCGUCUUUGGUGACCAAAGACCUCCCACACCGGCCUCACCCCCACUGCCUGGUGGGUAAAGACUGCCCGAACGGUUCAGGGAUCUGCGUUGUCUCGUUCAAUCCUAACAGCAACCGGCGUCACAGCUUUGCUAACCUUGGUAUCCAGUGUGUGAGGAGGAAAGAGCUGGACGUUUCACUUCAGAAGAGGAGAAAUCAAAAUAUCGACCCCUUUCAAACUGGUCACUCAAAGGGCAUUGAAGACAUGGACAUGAAUGCUGUGCGUCUGUGUUUUCAGUGUGAUCUUGAGUGGGAGGAUGGCAGAAAAGACUCUCUCAAUCCAGUUGUGUCCAGCCCCAUCUAUGACAAGAAGGCCACAACUACGUCACAGCUGAAGAUCAGCUGUUUGAACCAGUACAGAGGCUCCUGCGCUGGCAAGACAGAGAUCUACAUGUUGUGUGACAAAGUACAGAAAGAUGACAUAGAGAUCAUCUUCAGGCGAGGGUCGUGGAAGGCGAGUGGGGAGUUUGCCCAGACAGACGUUCACCGGCAGAUCGCCAUCGUGUUUAAGACUCCACCCUACCAGGACCAGGACAUCACAGAGGAGGUUGAAGUCAGCGUUGCUCUGCGUCGCCUCUCAGACCAGAUGGAGAGCGAGCCUGUUAGCUUCACGUACCUGCCACAUAACCCAGAUCCAUAUGAGGUGAAUCGGAAGAGAAAAAUAAAGUCCGACAUCAGCCUCAGAGAGAAACCUUGUGUGACAGAAAGUGCACCUGCGGCAGAACAGCCUUUCCACUUCCCCCAGCCGCCAACCAUGAUGUCUCCAGACGAGAGGCUUUGUACCGCCCUGCCUGUGGAUUCUCCUUUAGGGCAAAUGUGUUACAACGAGCCCCCGGACUCAAGCACUGGCAUUGAUCCGGCCCUCCUUAAUCAGUUGCUAGAAAUGCCUGCAUUUUUGGAAAUGCUUGACCCUCACCUCACCUCGUCCAUGCUCUCAAGCUUUGAGCAGGGGGCUGACGCCAACUCCACGUUUGCCAACACUGAAAACAUGGAUAUGAACUAUACCCAGAACUUUGGCUCAUACACUCAGGACUUUUCCCAUUACAGCGACUUGCAGUUCAACAUGCUCGUCAAUGAGAGUCAGACUCCGCAGUCAGAGGCACAGGACAGCUCCUCCAACAUAGUUCAGGUGAAGACCGAAGAGGAGCUAUGAGGACGGGAUAGUCAGGAUCAUGUAGCACUCUUACACACCCUCCCUGUUCAUUUUAGAAGCAUAGUUAGACAUAUUGGGGAAAUAUGCUUUUUACCUUUUGGACAGAGUCAAGCUAGCUGUUUCUCCCGAGUCCAGUCUUUGUGCUAAUGUAAGCUAACUGGCUGCUAGCUUCAGCACGAGAGUGGUAUCCAUCUUUUCAUCUAACUCUCUGCGAGAAAGCAAAUAAGCACAGUGUUUAACUUUUCUCGUAACCCUUCUGUAUCUAGAGCCAAACAAGAUUAUGUUGUCCCAAGAUGAAACAAGACGCCUCCUUUGUUUGUAGACUCAUUUGGUUUCAUAACUCUGCACUGCUGCCCUCUCACUAACCCAAUAUCUCUGUGUUAAUGCCUUGCUGGUCAAGGCUUUAGCAACCAGGAGCAGGUCAACAUUCCCACAUAUUUUCCUGUAAUGCUGCUAGCAUUAAUCUUCAGGCUUAAGGUCAGAGAAUGGGGAGUUAAGCGUUGAGCUUAAAAAGAGAACUUGUGAACAGAAGAAAUCCGUCCAUAAAUUGCUGUUGUAGUAAAUCAUUGGCUGUAAUACCUGUCACAUAAUGUUUGUGUAAAGUCUGUUGCAUUUGUUUCCACAUGGCUUAGGGGAAACAUCCCGACUUCCUACGAGAAGUUAUUUGCAGUGUGAAAGGAUUUUAGUUUUAAAACACAAAAAGUCUCAAGUAGAGUAGUUUCAGAUCUGUUCUUCAUAUUGUUAUUGUCUGUUGUUACUCUCUGCUGAUGUGGCCGUCAGCUGACUUGUUUAAUAUUUAAUCAACUUAAAUGCAAUAGAAACCAGUCCUCUUCUGUCUGUGUCAGUUCCUUUUUGUUCUGCAGUUUCACUCUCGUGCCAAGCAUUCAAAGUUCCACACAGCUUGUCACUAGUCCAACUCCACCCCCUCGCUGUAGCACUGUAGUGUCAAUAUUUCAGAAAAGACGAAAUAAAAUGGCAGUUUUAUU